AUGCCGGAAACUGAACCAACUAGAUCCUUGGGGCCAGUCAGCAAAGAAGCUGAGAACUAUGUCGUUGAAUCCGAGGAUGUGUUCGAUAGUUCCGUGUUUGACCCCGUUUUGGCUAGAAAGCUGUCCCUGAUCAACACUGCCAUCGACAAGAUUGGUAUGACUCCAUUUCAAUGGAAGCUUUUCUUCCUAAACGGCUUUGGCUACACCGUUGACUCACUCUUAGUGAUAUGUCAGAGUAUCGCAAUGCCCGCGGUUACCAUGCAAUACGGCAGCCCAGACAAAAGACUAAAGGGGAUUGCUCUGGCAUCCCAAAUCGGCCUUCUGGCAGGCGCAGCUAUUUGGGGUCUAUCAGCAGAUAUCAUUGGACGCCGACUUGCUUUCAACUCUUCCUUGUUGCUUGCGGCGGUAUUUACAAUCAUCGCGGGUGGGAUGCCUGGAUACAUUUCUUUCGCAACAAUGGUUUCCCUCUACUCCGCGGCCGUCGGCGGGAAUUAUAUCCUGGACUCGGUUACUCUGCUGGAAUUCCUACCGGCAAAUAAAUCUUGGCUAGUGACCUUCAUGUCGAUCUGGUGGGCAGUGGGAUACACCAUAACAGGAUUGCUUGCAUGGGCAUUCAUGAGCAACUACAGCUGUUCCUCAGCUGCAGCGUGUGCCUACCAAGACAAUAUGGGAUGGCGUUACUUGCAUUUCACCAUUGGGGGCGUCACGCUUUUGCUGAGCUUAUUGCGAGUCCUUUUAAUUCGCAUCGUGCAAACACCCCGAUGGCUUGUCUCUCAAAAUCGCGAUGAGGAGAUAAUCCUGUUCCUAACAAAUUUGUCAAUAAAAUAUGACCGACAAUUUGAUCUCACUUUGGAAGACCUCCGCAGCGAAGGCGACGUGAAGAACACAGAACAAUCAGUCUGGUCUACGGUCAGGAUCAAAGCCCACUUCAGCGGACUCUUUCGAACGAAGCAGUUGACUUGGUCGUUCCUGGUCAUCAUGCUCAACUGGUUUGUGAUUGGAGUUGUUAGCCCUCUAUACCAUGUGUUCCUUCCAUAUUAUCUCAAAUCUCAGGGAGCGAAGGUCAGUAGCAGCUCCAAUUAUCUAGUUUGGAGGAACUAUGCCAUCAAUCAAGUCGUUGGUCUGGUUGGUCCUGUCAUUGCUGGAGUUUUGGUUGAAACAAAAUUGUUUGGCCGUCGAGGCACCAUGGCUUUGGGGGCGCUUUUGACUAUGGUCUUGCAGUUUGCAUACACGCAAAUCAAGACUCCAGCCCAAAAUGUUGGCGUGUCUGCUGCCAUAUCUGCUGCGACAAACAUUUACUAUGGAACUAUGUAUGCAUACACUCCAGAGAUUUUGCCAUCAGCACACCGUGCUACUGGGUAUGCCAUCUGUGUGGUGUUCAACCGAAUCGGAGGCAUUGUUGGAGUUAUCGUUGGAAGCUACGCAAAUGUCGAAACAACCACGCCUCUCUUCGUCUGCGCUGCCUUGUUCGCACUUCUCAUCAUCCUCAGCGUGCUAUUGCCUUUCGAGAGUCGCGGAAAGAGAACGCAAUAA